GGGCCGGCGGCGGGACCAGGCGCGCGCGCUCGGGGUCCCGGUGAGGAGGAGGAGGAUGUGGCGCGCGGAGGGGAAAUGGCUGCCGAAAACAAGCCGGAAGAUGAUCACGGGAACAGCAAUGGCAGUCAUGUAAAAAUCUUUUUACCGAAAAAGCUGCUUGAAUGUCUACCAAAAUGUUCAAGUUUACCAAAAGAGAGGCACCGCUGGAACACUAAUGAGGAAAUUGCAGCUUAUUUAAUAACAUUUGAAAAACAUGAAGAAUGGCUAACCACCUCCCCUAAGACAAGACCCCAGAAUGGUUCGAUGAUACUCUACAACAGGAAGAAGGUGAAAUACAGGAAAGAUGGAUAUUGCUGGAAAAAGAGGAAAGACGGGAAAACCACCCGGGAGGAUCACAUGAAACUGAAGGUCCAGGGAGUAGAGUGCUUGUACGGCUGUUACGUCCAUUCCUCUAUCAUCCCCACCUUCCAUCGGAGGUGCUACUGGCUCCUUCAGAACCCCGACAUCGUAUUGGUGCACUACCUGAACGUCCCGGCCAUCGAAGACUGCGGCAAGCCCUGUGGCCCUAUCCUCUGCUCCAUUAACACCGACAAGAAGGAGUGGGCAAAAUGGACAAAAGAGGAGCUGAUCGGGCAGCUAAAGCCCAUGUUCCAUGGCAUCAAGUGGACAUGCAGCAAUGGCAACAGCAGUUCAGGGUUCUCCGUAGAGCAGCUCGUGCAGCAGAUUCUGGACAGUCACCAGACCAAGCCCCAGCCUCGGACACACAACUGCCUCUGCACUGGCAACUUGGGAGCAGGUAGCAGUGUGCAUCACAAGUGUAACAGUGCCAAACACCGCAUCAUAUCUCCAAAGGUCGAACCAAGGACAGGUGGGUACAGCGCUCACUCAGAGGUACAAAAUAACGAUGUCUCUGAAGGCAAGAACGACCACAGCCACGGCAAGACCUCGAGCCGCGAGAAGAGGAACGGCAAAGUGGCCAAGCCCGUCCUGCUGCAUCAGAACAGCACGGAGGUCUCCUCCACCAAUCAGGUGGAGGUGCCGGACACCACCCAGAACUCCCCGGUGUCGAUCAGCAGCGGAUUGAAUAGCGACCCGGAUAUGGCCGACAGCCCCGUCGUGACCGGGGUGUCCAGCAUGGCCGUCGCCUCCGUGAUGGGGAGCCUGUCGCAGAGCGCCACCGUGUUCAUGUCGGAAGUCACCAACGAAGCCGUGUACACGAUGUCCCCCACCGCCGGGCCCAACCAACACCUCCUCUCGUCCGACGCCGCCGCCCAGGGCCUGGUCCUGGCCGUGAGCUCCGACGGGCACAAGUUCGCCUUCCCCGCCGCGGGAAGCACGGAGAGCCUGUCCAUGCUGCCCGCCAACGUCUCCGAAGAGCUGGUCCUCUCCACCACCCUCGACGGCGGCCGGAAGAUCCCGGAAACCACCAUGAACUUUGACCCGGACUGUUUCCUCAACAACCCCAAGCAGGGGCAGACCUACGGGGGCGGGGGCCUGAAGGGGGACUCGGUCGGCACCAACAUCCGGCAGUCGCCCACCGCCGAGCGCGGCUUCGGCUUCGGCGCGACGCUCGCGAAGGAGAUCAAGACCGAGGACACGUCCUUCGAGCAGCAGAUGUCCAAAGAGGCGUUUUCCUCCUCCUCGACGUCCAACUCCCUCACCCUGACGGCGGGGUCCGGCCUGCUGCCGUCCGGCGGAGGGCUCAGUCCCAGCACCACCCUGGAGCAGAUGGACUUCAGCGCGAUCGACUCCAACAAGGACUAUUCUUCCGGGUUCAGCCAGGCCGUCCAGAGCCCCCACGUCCACCAGACCCCCUCCCCCAGCUUCUUCCUGCAGGAUGCCAGCAAGCCUCUCCCCCUCGAGCCCAACGCCCACGGCAACCUAAGCGACUCCGGCAGCUCCUUCGGCAACCCCCUGGGGGUCCCCACCGUGAAGACGGAAUCCUCGGCCCAGACCCCGUCCAACUGCAACGGCACCGUGGAGACCCGGAUAGAGUCCACCUCCUCCCUCCAGCUCAUGCAGUUCCAGGCCAACUUCCAGGCCAUGACCGCGGAGGCGGAGGUGCCCAUGGAGACCUCCCAGCCGGCCGAGGGGAGCGAGGGCCUCCUCAAAUCGGGGGAGCUCCAGGCCUGCAGCACGGAGCACUACAUGCCCCCCGAGGCCAACGGAGGGAUCAGGAGUGGGACCAACCUCCCCAUCCUCCAGGGCAACAUGGUGCAGGGACUCUACCCCGUGGCCCACCCCAGCCUCAAUAACUCCUCCAACAUGGAGCUCAACCUAGACCACUUCGACAUCUCCUUCAGCAACCAGUUCUCGGACCUUAUCAACGAUUUCAUAUCGGUAGAAGGGGGGAGCAACGCCAUCUACGGCCACCAGCUGGUGUCGGGGGACGGCGCGGGGCUCUCGCAGGCCGAAGAUGGCAACCGGGCCUCCUACAACCAGGCCGAGAUGUGCAUCCCCUGCUGCAGCCCUCAGCAAGGCACCCUGCAGCUCGGCGGUGCCGAGAACGGGGCCAACACCAUGGCCUACAUGCACGUGGCCGAGGUGGUCUCGGCCGCCGCGGCCCAAGGCACCCUGGGAAUGCUGCAGCAGAGCGGACGGGUCUUCAUGGUCACCGACUACUCCCCGGAGUGGUCGUACCCGGAGGGAGGAGUGAAAGUCCUGAUCACAGGUCCAUGGCAAGAAGCCAGCAAUAACUACAGCUGCCUGUUUGAUCAGAUCUCAGUGCCUGCGUCUUUGAUUCAGCCAGGGGUGCUGCGCUGCUACUGUCCAGCUCAUGACACUGGCCUUGUGACUCUGCAAGUUGCCUUCAACAACCAGAUCAUCUCCAAUUCCGUGGUGUUCGAAUACAAAGCUCGGGCUCUGCCCACGCUCCCGUCCUCCCAGCACGACUGGCUGUCGUUGGAUGAUAACCAGUUCAGGAUGUCCAUCCUGGAACGACUGGAGCAGAUGGAAAGGAGGAUGGCCGAGAUGACGGGAUCCCAGCAGCACAAACAGGGCGUUGGAGGAGGGGGCAGUGGAGGCGGCAACGGGAGCGGAAAUGGCGGAAGCCAGGCCCAAUGCGCAACCGGGACCGGGACGAUGGGGAGCUGCUUUGAAAGCCGCGUGGUGGUCGUGUGUGAAAAGAUGAUGAGCCGGGCCUGCUGGGCAAAGUCCAAGCAUCUGAUCCAUUCAAAGACUUUUCGUGGAAUGACCCUCUUGCACCUGGCUGCUGCCCAGGGUUAUGCCACCCUGAUCCAGACCCUCAUCAAAUGGCGCACGAAACAUGCAGACAGCAUUGAUUUGGAACUGGAGGUUGACCCUUUGAAUGUGGAUCACUUCUCCUGCACACCCCUGAUGUGGGCGUGCGCUCUGGGGCACAUGGAGGCCGCUGUCGUGCUCUAUAAGUGGGACCGCCGAGCCAUUUCGAUCCCCGACUCCCUGGGGAGGUUGCCCCUGGCGAUCGCCCGGUCACGGGGUCACGUGAAACUGGCAGAGUGUCUGGAGCAACUGCAGAGAGAUGAGCAGGCUCAGCUCGGACAGAACCCCAGGAUCCACUGCCCUCCAAGCGGUGAGCCCAACCCAGACAGCUGGUUAGCCCAGUGGCAUGGAGAAGCAAUUUCCUCUCCAGAGUCACAAAAGGGAAUCACUGUUAUUUCAAGUUCCAAUCCAGAGUUGAGAAGACCUAGAUCUGAGCCUUCCAGUUACUACAGCAGUGAGACCCACAAAGACUACCCGGCGCCCAAGAAGCAUAAGUUGAACCCCGAGUACUUUCAGACGAGGCAGGAAAAGCUGCUUUCCACAGCGCUGAGUCUGGAGCAACCCAGUGCCAGGAAACAGAAUCCCAGUUCCAAGCAAUCCAUCCCUGAGACAAUCAGCCCCAGCGAAGGGAUAAGGGACUACGGCCGGGAUUUCUCCCCGCACGCUCCGGAGGCCGCAGGAUUCCGUGGCUCUGGGGCUCAGGGCGGAGUGAAGUGGAACCCCAAAGACCUUUACAUUGGCGUGUCUGCAGUGCAGGUGACGGGAAGCCAGAAGGGGACCAGCCUGGGGAAGGACCCGGCAGCAUCCCGGCUCCGUUCACGAGAGCAGAUGAGUGUCCUGAUGGUGGCCGACAGGGAGAUGGUGGAUGCGGAGUUGCUGUCCUACAGAGACGGUGUGGAGAACGAGGACUGCUUACACCACAUGGAUGAUUUACAGGUGAACAUGAUGACCCUGGCGGAACACAUUAUCGAAGCAACGCCUGACCGGAUCAAGCGGGAGAAUUUUGUACCCCUGGAGUCCACACUGGUGGAAAGAACAGAUGCUGCGGCCAUUAGCACCACAAUGAGCUGGCUGGCCAGUUACCUUGCUGAUGUCGAUCACUUACCAAGUGCUGCACAGAUCAGAAGUCUGUAUAGUGAACCCCUGACCCCUUCUUCUAACACCAGCUUGAGCCCCGUAGGCUCACCAAUCAGUGAAAUAGCUUUUGAGAAACCUAGCCUUCCCUCAGCAGCAGAUUGGUCUGAAUUUCUGAGCGCAUCCACCAGUGAGAAGGUAGAAAACGAGUUUGCUCAGCUCACUCUGUCUGAUCACGAACAGAGAGAACUCUAUGAAGCUGCCAAACUCGUCCAGACAGCUUUCCGGAAAUAUAAGGGUCGGCCCUUGCGUGAACAGCAGGAAGUUGCUGCUGCUGUCAUUCAGCGUUGUUACAGAAAAUACAAACAGCUGACAUGGAUAGCCUUGAAGUAUGCACUUUAUAAAAAGAUGACACAGGCUGCAAUCCUCAUCCAGAGCAAAUUCCGAAGCUAUUACGAGCAGAAAAAAUUCCAGCAGAGCCGACGGGCUGCUGUGCUGAUCCAACAGUACUACCGGAGUUACAAGGAAUGUGGCAAAAGAAGGCAAACGCGCCGAGCAGCUGCAAUUGUACAACAGAAACUCAGGAGCAGUCUGCUAACCAAGAAGCAGGACCAAGCUGCUCGCAAGAUAAUGAGGUUUCUCCGCCGCUGUCGCCACAGCCCUCUGGUGGACCAUAGGCUGUACAAAAGGAUUUCUGGAAAAUGGCAAGAUCUCCCAUUUCCUAAAUUUCCCACAAGCCAUUUCAGCUCUCAGAGCAACAGAGUGAAAGAAUUGAAAAAGGCCAAGGAACUUGAAGAUACACAGCAGCAUCCCGUAGCAAUGUGACAUUGCUUUUCAGACUGUUUUCAUUUUCUGUUUUUAGCAGAGACAUGCAACAACAACAAAACAAACAAACAAAAAAAAAAAAACAAAAAAAACAAAAAAAACAAAACCCACUGCAGUUUUCGGAAGAUCAGCUGCAGGAUUUUAACAGUAAUGGUUUGGUCAUUGCAUUUGCACUUUCAUGGACAACUUUUAAUUUGUUCAGCAAGACAUCUUGGAACUCAAUCUUCUGUUGGAUCAUGGGAAAACAAGACACCAGGAGGAAUUUGUGAGAUGCUUCAUUCUCCAGACGAAGCAGUUAUCCUUCUCAUAUAGGGCUGUAUUCAAACAAACAUCGUGUGGAACUGUACAAAUAUUAUACCAAAAAUAUAGUAAAGAAAAGGUGGGAAUGCACAAGCAACAAAAAAAAAAAAGCUAUUCCUGCACCUGUCAAUCAUUUCCAAGAAGCUGAAUCUUUGGGAUUCUUGGUGGAGGGCUUAGAUCAUAGAAAUCUUUAUUGGGUCCGUGUGUUCUCAUUUCCUUUGCUCUUCUUUUCUUCAUUUUUUUUUUUUUCCUUUAAUCGCUCUACAGCACACUUAAUGCAACUUUUUAAAUCUGCAGGUUUUUAAUAUGUCUUAUGGAGAUUUGCAAAGGGGAGGGUGUGUGAAGCAAACGGGUAACGCAUGGGAAAUAUGAGGAGCAGCUAGAGGAAAGUUUUAAAACGUUUCUUGUGUUUUUUCUUUCUAGAACCUGCAAAUAUAUCAGUUGUCACGUCCUUUUUCUCAUGUUCAGCACUUUAUUUUUGGCCUUACUUUCGUGAUGAGAAUUACGUCGAGAAAUUGAUAAAGCAUGUAGUUUUUGUUUUGGUUUUAGGGGUUUUUGUUUUUUUUUUUUUUUUAGUAACCUUGGAAACUCUAGUCAUUCUGAGGGUCACAAGCAUUGCCUGGACAUUUAUACCACCUAAAGAUCAGUGUGGUGCUGCGUUCUGGCCAGUAAAUUCCAUUUUUGGCUCUAUCUCAUCAAAACUGAGCAGUUUCUGUAUAUAUAGAAGGUAGAAAUGGAAAAUGAGAAAUAAUAUUUGAAAGGGAUUAUAUUGAUUAAUUGCUAAAUAUUUUAUUCACAAAGGGUCAAUAACAUGGCAAGAUAAAAUUAUUAUUUGUAUAGUUUUGUCUGAAUGAGCGAGAAGUGUGGAUGUAUUGUUUGUACAUAUUGUAUAUAUUAAAACAGAGAUAUGUGCAUGAAUUCAAGAAAAAAGAAAUGAAAAAAGCAAAGCAUUAGUGGCUAUGGUCUGUAAAAUGAAACAAAAACUUUAUUUCACUAUAAGAGUACUUUAUUUUAAAUGUUCUUUAGAAGAACAUUUUGCUAAAGCAUGACUAAACUGCAAAAAAAAAAAAGAGCUACUGUAUUUAGACUUAGGAAAAAAAGGCAGAGUAACAUUACUAAAAAAAAAAAAAAGGAUAUGUUUACAUUUAAUUUUGGCUACCAGGAGUUUAGUUUAUUUUCUUUUUCACUUCUUUUGCCAAUGGUGCCAAGUAAUGUGAAUGCUAAUAUUGCUUAAGAAAAUUAAGUUACUUUUGCAAAGCAGAUAAUCAUAAGAAAACAAACCAGUAUAUAGCUUAACACCAUCCACUCACUCCAAUAAAGAACACCUUAGAAUGAACAUAAACUGACAAAAGAAAUAGUAUGAAAGUAGAAAAAUACGUUUCACAUUUUCAUAUCUCCUGCUGGAAGUCAGAAAAUGUAAUAAAAAUUGCACAAAAAAACACACAAAAAAAUCUAAAAAUGAAAAAGAUGCAAACUGGUCUUGUAGGGGUGUCAUGGUAUAUUACUAUUUCCACAUAAUGAGGAGCCAAAGAAAUCAGAUACGUUUUCAAAUAUGAACUACUAAUGUCAAAUUAUGAGAGGGUAAGCGUGUGUUUGCCGAUGCCAGUUUAAAAUUUCCAAGCCGAGUCUGAAGGGCAGUUGGUGUAAAGUUUGUGGGGCAAAUGGUCCGUGCUGACUUGAUUUGGGCCACCAACUGGAAGUUUCAAUUCAAGGCUUGUUGUGAAGCCUAAAAAUAUUCACAAAAUCAGAAGCUUUUAAACUGGUGUCUUUAGAAGAAAGAGUAAGAAGUGUGGUGAAACUGGGGUCAGUGCUCUUGGUGCCUUUUCUAUAAUUGUACUUGUUUUUUAAUUCCUUCCUUUCACUGCCAACCUUGAAUGACUGUACAGUCUACGUCUUUACCGCUCGCUCUGGAUCAGCUCUGUCACCAGUGACGGUCCCACACCUAGUCCCUUUGGAAACUGACCUGACAACUCAAUCUCUGGAAAAGUGUUUGGGUCGGGCCGCAGCUGCGGCAGUCCCCAAAUGUCUUUCAAAAAGUAUUUCUCUAAGUAUUUUACACACGCGCACACACACCUACAGUCUCACGCACCGCACACAACCUCACGUACCAGAGACACACACACAGACACACACACUCCAACAUCGACACACAAAUGGGAACGGAAUGGGAAAGCCAGCUCUUUUAGAACGGUCGGUAUUAGCGCCCUGAAGAGACAUGUUUAAUUCCAUUUGUUAUGAUGAAAAGAACUGAUCUUUUUAAACAAGAGUAAUGACCUCAGUGGACAUGUUUUAACCCUCACAUUUAUACAAAAGGAGAAAGAUAAAUUUCACAUACUACAUUAUUAGACGGAUAAGUUAUAAGAUUCAGUAAGAUGUAAACCUAUUUAAUGUUACUCUUCCAGCUCAGUGGGUCCUCGUGGAAGGGACAGAAAGUAGGUCUCGCGAGGCCUGCCGGCGUACCCCCUCGGUAGCGUGACAGCGGCCGCCGAGUGAACUAAAAAUGCACUUCCACUGAAACGAAGCAUUUCUGAUCGCCCUUUCCUUGGUUGUGGAUCUUAGUUUGGAGUAGAAGAUAAGUAAGCGCAGCUUUCUUGGAUAAUCUGAAUUCCCAAGUGCCAGGAGUAGGAUUUCAUUAUAAAAUUAAUAGCUAAUCUUAUUCUGUCUCCUGAAAAUUGAAUUGCUAUUCUUGUUACACAUUUGAAAUCAGCUGUACUGUGUGAACGAAAUAAAGACUAUAACAUGAACCCCCUCUCUGGUUGCACGGUCGCUUAUGGCAGUUCCACACAGUAGUUGGCGCCCAAUGGGGGGUCCCCAAGACUUGCAUGUAAAACUAGUCUAGAUGUCUCCUUUUUGUAAGUUUUAUUUUUGUAAUUGUGCAUGUAAAGCAUCACUGAAUCAAUGGAUCUGUUGAAGAACUCAGCUGCUGGAACCAUGCAAAAUGUUUUGAAUUGCCCUUAAAAUAUGGAAAAUGUUUUCUGAAUGCUUUAUAUUCUUUCUGCUGUAAAUUAAAAAUGAAGAAAAUUUCCCCAUA